AUGCCUUUUCUUUUGUCUAAUCACAUAGCUCCAGAAGAAGAGAAGUCACUUGAGGUGGAAGAAUUUUCCUCCAGAUCAACUGAUCAAGACGUUCUCCAGAAGGAGGAGGCUGCAAGAAAAGUGGAUGAAAGAAAGACUGUCAUCAAGAGGUGCAGUUCAUUUGCAUGUAGUCGUUCUGUUAUCCCACGUUAGUGGAAUUAUAUAUACAUAUAUACAUAAAAAAUGAGUUAUACAAUUGCCCCUAAGGGUGGCUACUAUGCAAUUUCUCCUCACAACAUCACCCCUGAAUCAAACUUUAAGGUCAGGAGAAUAAAGAAAAUGAUCACCCUCUAAUGCAGCUCUAGAUUGCCAAAAGACUUCUCCUCGUCAGCAACUUAAGAAAUUUUUCCCGAAUAGUUUGGAGAAAAUAAAAACUGCAUGAUGUCAGGGUGUAAAGGGUUAACAUGAUUUGCGAAUAUUUGCGUGCAAUGCACAUUAGCGACAUAACAAUCACAUUAAGCUGAGCUUAAUAAAAGAAAAACUUUCCCUGAGUAGAGUGAACCAUGAUGGUCACAUGCACAAUUGAAAAUUUCGGGAUAAAGAAAAGAAUGGCUAUUUUGAAUGCUGUUCAUAAAAUUUUAAAUAGAAUGUUAUUGAUUCUCUUACUUGAUGAUGCUAUGAAGAAAAUAAAAAGACUUUGAUCAAAAGGUAUGUUUUUCGCAAUAACUCAGUUGUUUACCUAUCCCUUGUUUUUUGUUUUUUAUUUUCAGUGUUUCCAUCAAUGAAGUGGUACUUAGUCAUUAUAAGGAAUGAUAGUGAAUCAUUUAAAUGAAUGUUUUGAUUUAUGAUUCUCAUUUGAGUCUAUUUGAGUCAAAGAAAAAUAAAUUGAUAGAAAAAUUUCUUAGCACAGCUGGCUAAAUAAUGUUAAAGCCAUUUUUUAAUUUUGUGUAAAUUGGGUUUUUGAGGAACAACCUUUAGGAUGUUCAUAUAUUACAGAAUUUCUUAUUAUGUUCAUCUAGCAAUUUAGUAAACCAGAGCAGGAAUCUCAAUUUACUAUUGGGAGUGGCCAAUUCAAAAUAUUUUUUUGUAUCUUAUACUUUAAUAACUGACUGAGACAAAAUUAGAAAAAAAGAACAGUUAUUCGAUUUAGUUUUGAGGUUAAGUGCCAAUUAUUUGAAAGACUCGUUCAAACUGCAAGUUUGCGACUCGCAUUUUAAAUGCCUUUGCCAUGCUUACUCCACUUGGGAAAAAUUAUAUUUAAAUACUGAAUGAUUAAUUUUCCUGUGUAUUUCAGAGGAAAACUUGGAGGUAAGGAAGACACAUGGCACCUAAGGGAAGCCGGCGCCUCUAUCAAACUUAAUAGUGGAGCUGUCCAACAACCUGUGCCAUUUACAUGUACAUGCUUAUUGUGGAACCCCAGGACCCUCUCCCCACCCAUUGCCAGUGAUGAGAUAUUGGUAAGCAGUGUUAUUGAACUAUCUCAUGAUAGCCCACCAGAUCUGGAAUACAGAGAAAGUGUUGAACGAUUAAGUUUUACUAUAGCUUUGUUGCACAGUGCCCCAAAUUUGGAGGGGUAUGAGGUGGUUAUCAAACAACUGAUUGACCAAGAGAACAAUGAAUGGAAGGAAUUGAAGACAGAGAAUACUUGGCUUGGAUCAGGUAACGUUAUGUUGUUAUUAACUGCAGGUGUGAAAAACUUAAUGAAUGAUACUCUCAGGCUCCCUUCUUCACUGGCAUCAAUGUCAGUAUCUGAGCAAUUGUCAACCUCCCCCUCUCCUGACCCAAAAUUGAUCCGAACUUGUAACUUGAACUUAUCAGUUGGCUGUUGUUGGCUUAGGGGAGGAGUAGGUGUGCCAUGACUCAGAUACUGAUAUUGAUCCUAGCAAUUUCGUUUUACCUGUAGUUGCAUCCAAGCAGUACGUGUAAUAUUAUUACACGUACUGCUUGUAUUAUUACGUGUAUUGUUGCAUAAAUGUUACGUGAAGUUUACAAUGCAUUUUAGUCACUAUGAUAUAAAUUUUUCUCAAUCACCAUGUUCUUGCAAACUUUCUUCUUUGAAGCGUAACUAUUCUCAUGAUAUCUGCUGGGGGCAACUUCAUUGUUUGAGGACUUUAAGACACAGCUGAAGGGCGUAAUUUCAACCAUCAUUUUUAUUUUCAUGCAGAAACUUCAACAGUUCCCAGGUGGCUUUUCCCAUUUGCACGAGCUGUUUGUUCAAAAUCAGGAGUUUCUUCAUUUGCUGCAAUCUGGCGUCCUAAGUCUUUCACCUUUUCAAGAGGUACUGCAGUAGGUCCGGAAUUGACCUGUAUCGUGCCUGACUUUCCUGAUGUCAGUGUUCAAAUUCCUCAGAGUUGUGUUCCUGUUAAUCAAGAUUUCUGUGUGACAAUCCAGGUACAUGAAACUAUAUAAUUAUAUACAUGGAUGACUAAAACCUUUUGCAGUUUUGAAAGUAACAUAUAAGAUUGGUGUAAGGGGAUUGUCAAAAGCAAGGAGAUAACAUAAAGGUGCUAUAAGAGUACAGCCUAUACCUUCAGUUACUUGCAAUACAUUCCAUGAACUUGGUGGCAAUAUUGAUGGAGAGAUAUCAAUUAACAAUUUUAAGCUAAAUACAGGAGAACUGUGCCUGUGCUUACAUGUGUGUGAAGAUACAUACAUGUAGUCAUGUUCUAAUCAGUAGUUUUGGUAACUACGAAUUAUUUAUGGUACUUACUGUGCCCGAAUGUACUCAUGAAUCCAAGCAAUCCCCUUAUUAAAAACUGGAUUUUGGAAAACUCGCUUCAAGCAACAGAACAUUUGUUUUUGUUUCGCUUCAAUAUAAACUUCAAGUUCAAAUCAUUCCUGUCAGUUGAAUUGGUUAUGUGGUUUGUAUUGGUUUGCAAUUAAUGCGAUUAGUGGAUGAAGUUGAGCAUGAAAGCAUGCAUUAUCAAAACCAAGGUUUGAGUUAUCUGCCAAAGCUGAAGAUCACGCAGACAUAAGGUUUGAUAAAAGAAGACACCUUUCUAAAUUUUAAAAAGUUUAAGAACUCUACACAUACAGAGGGCGUUGGAAACUAGGCAGAGGUUGAACUCAACAUGAUAACUGCAAUUUCUGCUGCAGAUAUUGGGUUAUCAUGUUAACUUUACGCAUUAUUGUUUUUUCAUUGAAUGCUCUUGACUAAUCAGAUAUUUUAUAGUAAGUUCAGUGUAUAGUUUUUUUUAAUAAUAGUGCUUAUAUUAAUGUUACAUUAAACUUUAAGAGGACAUUUAUAUUGUAUACUAUUAUUAGAUAAUUGAAUUUCAUCCUGUGAUUCACUUUUCAUUUCGUAAAGUAUGCAAAUGAACUUUAUGCUGGGAGUAGUUUAACAUGUCCAACAUAACCUGUUUUGCUUUUGAAUCAAGGUACAAGAAUUUCCAAGCAGUGAGUUAAAAGAAGAGGAAGGACUUGUCGGUCCAGUUCUUUACAUUUCAGGCUUUCAAAAUGUUACUCUUAUCGCGCCUGUAACAAUAAGGAUUCCUCUCACCCUCAAUAAAGGAAAACAAGAUUUGGCAGAGUUACGUCCUGGUGAACUGAGAAUAUUACACUCUGAGUCUCUUGCCGAACCACAUGACUGGAAAGACAUUACAGAUCAAUUGGAUGAACCGCCACGUCUUCUAGAUGGGAAAGUGCAAUUCAAAGUUAGGCAUUUCUCCGGGUAAGUAUUUCUUGUCGGCUUUAUUUGAAAAGUAGCACGCAAGACGCAGAGGAAAUUUAACAGUAUUUUAGUGUACAGUCAUACAUGCAUGUAUUUAUUAAUAAAAUAUAGAUUAAAUUAUUGAAACGAUUACUGGAGUACGUACACUCAAGGUUACUGUGCAAUGGCUGUUCAUCAUUUCCGUUUGUUUACUUGAGCUGUAUUUGGUUUUUCCUUUUAUUUGAUAGAUUCCGCCCAAUCAAGUUGAUCAGAUUACUUUCACAAUCUGCUUCGAACUUCAAUGACUUUGUAAGGAAACUUUGCAAAAGGUCGAGGCCUCAGCAUGCCCGAUUUUUUACGUGCCUGUGUGAGACCGGUGUUCGUGGACAUUUUGGACUCAAACUUUUCUGCUAUCCACAAAAACUGCAACAUGAUGUAAACCAGCAAAUAUCAAAGUGUAUCGUGCCCUACAUAGGCGAAGGCCGCUCUCUAAAACCAAUCUGUGAAGAGGAGGACAUUUUGGUUUCUCUUUCUGAGGCAAUCAUACCACAAGGCUCAGACGAGAAAAAUGCCUUACAAUUUGUGAGGUAUAAUCAAAGAAUUUAUUUUUGCCCCAUCAAGUACAUAGGAUUUAAUUGAAUACUUCUAGAUACAGUCAUGCUAGUAAGAAAUGAUUUAUUGAUUCCAUUGUAAAGUUGUCCAUUAUUCAAUUGUCAGUUAAUUAUUUUUCGCUAUGGCUUUUCUAGGUUUCUUAUCAAUCAAUAGGGCCAUGAAGGUAUACAUUUUAGUUUUGUUUCGGCGUGAUUGUCUUCAAAUGCUCGUUUUCAAAGAUUCAGAGGGGCUCUCGUCAAAUAUGCUGUCAUUUUCGAUUGUAAGCGUGUGCUUUUCUACACAGAGACUCGGCUGGUGUAGUGUACGUUGGGUUUGUCUCAUUUAAAUUCAUUUUAUUUUCAACAGAUUCCGCGAGAACGAAGUUUAUGACACAGGUGGUGAAGUUUGUUUAGGAAGUGCGACUGUUCCAAAAGUGAAGUUUAACAACCAAAGUCAGGAACUUUUGUGCAACGUGACAUCGUAUUGGCAUCUCAAGUAAGUGACAUUUUACGGUUCGUGGAUUUGCUACUUAAAUGCACUUUUAGCCCAGAGUUAAUAUAUUACUAAUGCCAACCUUACUAUAGUAUAUGACAGUGAACUAAAAGGAUUAACAACCCUGUAACCACAGGCAGCCCAAGCUCCACAUGUGAAAUGAUCAUCAUGCCAAAAUAGAGUCACGGCGAAAAUAUGAGUUUGUAUGGGAAUAAUAACGACCGCUCUUGGGAAGUAAAACCACCGUCAAAUUCUCAAUAAAAAUAUCUCACCUUACUUCCAAACUGCAUUGCUUGUUGUCUCGCCGCUUACCAUGUUGAAAAGAAGCAAUUUUAGCAAGUUAUCCAUCUCUAGGCUUCUUACUCCUAGGAAUGGUAUAUUUUCGAGAGACACAAAAUUGGCAGCAUGAGUUCUCGAUGCACUGAUAUAAAUGUGUUUAUCCUUCCUGUAAACAUUAUUGCUUGCUAAUAUUUCUUAUACGCUCAAUAUGAAAUUUAACAUGACUGGGAUAACCUUUGGUGUAUUCAUUAUAUCAAAACAAAUCCAGCAAAUACCUAGGAAAAUAAAGCGGCCACACUAGGAUCCAGCCUUCCGGUCUUUUGAUCGAGUUUUUUUUAAAAUACCAGUAGUAAUCUGGAAAGGGAGAGGUUAAAUAAGCACUGCUGAGUCGAUAACAGUCUUACAAAUUCGCCAUCUAAAGGUUUCCGAGUAAGAUAAUGAGGUUAUUUUAAGGCGGCACGGGCCAUAUAGAGGACGAAUCACUGGAAACAAAAGACUGAAGAAUGUCGAAUAGGUAAAGAAAUGUCCUGUCCACAGGACGCAGCGUAUGAACAUAUAGGACCUUGUGAGUUUUUUUAUUAAGUGUACUAUUUUUAUUUUUCAGUUGCUUUGAAGUCACUUUCUAUGCCUUUUUACUUAUUUAUUUUUCCUUUUUCUUAUUAUUUAGUAAUUUUCUUUAUUUCCUCAUUUCUAUUCACUUCAUGUGCAUCCGUAACAUUGCGAAUUUUCCUCCCUUUAGGUUCCUGAAACCGUUGAUCAUGAAGAAGGAAGUGACUCCCUUCGAGGUAAGUUGUUGUUUUUUUGUUGUUGGUUUCGUUGUUUUUUGAAUAAAUACAAUUUACUAGACCAGUCACCAUUGUUCUAAAAUGUGCAAACUUAGAAAUGCAGACUCUGUGGAAUUUGAAAAUGUAGUAUUUAGAGACGAAGCAACGUAUUUCAACGCAAAGUCAUAAUAACCUGCCUUACCUCAUGUAUUAAUAAAUCGGGUCGUGCCCACCUCACGCUCAAGAGUGAUGGCUUAUUAUCUCUGUUACGUAUCAGUAAACUCAAUGCAUACGUUUACGGCGCGUGUGUCCUUUCUUGUAGGGAGUUGGAUACUGCAAACGAGUAAAGCGCAAAAAAGCUCGGGAAAGACACAAAGAAGUGUAAUUCUCCAAAACAUUAUUCCUUUGGCUAUAUCGUUAAAGUAAUGGAGUAACUAGUGAGAAAUCCUCUGCAACCUGCCACUGCUUUUCAAAUGAAACCUUGGAUCGAGAAGUUUCCUUACAACAGCCUCCUUCGUCAAAUUUGUCAAUGCUUAUUGUUACUUAAAAGAGAAAUCAACAAAACUUACUACUCUAAGUUGUGAAUGCUGGGUAUUACCCGGGUGAUCACAGUCCAGGAUCACCACAUCAUCGAUUCCGAACCAUCAACACUAUAAAACUUGCAUUAGUUCUCAACCCAGCCAUCUCAUUAACCCCAUUGUUCUGCAGGUAUUUCUGCCCAAAGUGUGA